AUGGUGUCUGGCUUUCCUCCAGUACGCUUGUUGAUUCUCCUCAUCUUUCUAUCAAUCAUUUUCGUAACUGCAAGUCUUCAAGCCUACAAACGUCAUCGAGAAGCCCGCCAAUAUUACAAACUUUUUGGUUGCCGCCAACCUCCUCUCGAGAAUGCCUAUGACCCUCUUGGAAUCAGCAAGAUCAUCCGGUCAACGAAGAUUUUCCUCAAGAAGCAGUCUCUUCUUACAGCAAUCAAGCUCUUCUCCGAAUAUGGCAACACCUACACCUCUCGUGUCUUUACUUCCAGAGUCGUCUUUACCUGCGAUCCUCGAAAUAUCAGACAAAUCUUGGUUACUGGAUUCGCCGACUGGGAAAGCAGCCCUCUUCGCGGUCAUCUAUUCAAGCCCCUCUUAGCACACAGCAUAUUCCAACUUGAUGGACCUCGCUGGAAGGCUACCAGAGACACAUAUCGACAUCAAGCACGUUUCUCCAACCUACGCUCUAUCAUAGACGUCAGUCGACAAGAGAAGAGCGUUCAAAAUCUUCUGAACUGCAUCCCUGAUAGCAAACCAUUCGACUUGUCCGUGCUGUUUCGUCACCUCAUGAUGGACCUCACAACUGGAUUCUGCCUGGGAGAUUCAGCAAACUCGCUUACCACGUACCAAACAGAGGAGAAGAAAGUGUUUGCCGAAGCCAUCACAGAUAUUCAGCACCGAAUUGCCACUGGAGGAUUUGUCGGCCCUCUCUCACGUUUCAUGAGUAAGAAGCAAAUGCGUAUCGACACGGAGAUCAUCCAUCGCUUCGUUGGAAAGUAUAUCGACGCUACGUUGGCUAGACUGAUUCCUUACGAUAGAGUUGACCAGAAGAGUUACGAACCGGAGGGCUAUAACAUGCUUGACGCUCUUGCAGAGUUUAGCAGGGACAAGAUCGAGCUUCGAGACUACGUCACAACGAUUCUGAUCGCUGGCACUGAAUCAACGUCAAGUCUUAUGUCAUCGGUGUUGUACCUGCUUGCACGGAACGAACAUGUUUUCCUUAAGCUGAGACAAAGUAUUCUGGAGAUUAUUGGUCGUGAGCCUCCAACGCUCGCACAGAUUAAGGGGCUUGCUUACUUGCGCUGUGUACUCAAUGAAGCACUUCGCUUCUAUCCUCCGGUCCCAAUCAACGCUCGUAUUGCCAAUACAUCCACCACGUUACCCGUUGGAGGUGGCUCAGAUGGUAACUCACCAGUCUACAUCCACAAAGGACAGAAGAUAGUAUUUUCCUCCUUCGCUAUCCACCGUUCGGAGGAAGUCUACGGCAGCGAUGCAUUGGUUUUCAAGCCCGAGAGAUGGGAGAAUGUCGAAGCGUUGAAAGAGCGGGGUGGUUCCUUCUUCCCUUUCCUCUUGGGUCCCAGAGCUUGUCCUGGUCAGCAAUAUGCGCUCCAGGAGACAAGCUAUGUCAUCAUCCGGCUCUUGCAGACUUUCAAGGAGAUCAAACCCCGCGACUCAAGACCUUGGAAGGAGCACAUGGGUUUGAAUCUCAGGAAUGACAAUGGAUGCUGGUUGGAGGUUGUCAGGGACGAGGAAGCCAUUGCUUGA